CUGAAGUGAGAUCAAAAGGAUUCAUAGCACUUGCUACAGCAUCAUGUGGAGUAGCAGCUUCAAUAUUACCUGGUGGAAGAACAUCUCACUCAAGAUUCAACAUACCAUUAGAUACAACCAAAAAUACCAACUGCAGAAUCAGCAAACAAAGUUCAUCAGCACAACUUCUAAAAUCAGCCAGCCUUAUAAUUUGGGAUGAAGCUCCAAUGAUGAAUAAAAUCUCAAUAGAAGCUGUUGAUAGAUUACUCCAAGAUUUAAUGGACUGCAAUGACUUAUUUGGAUCAAAGGUAAUUGUCUUUGGAGGAGAUUUUCGUCAGGUAUUACCGGUUGUUACUAAAGGCACAAAAGUGGAUUUUAUUGAUGCUUCCAUAGUAAAUUUAUAUAUAUGGCCACAACUUCAUAAACUUCACCUGACAGAGAAUAUGAGAGCAAGACAUGAUCCUGAGUUCAUUGAAUAUCUACUCCGUAUUGGAAAUGGAACAGAGCCUGUUAUCAAUAACAACUCUAUCCAAAUACAUACUGCAUUGCUGAUAAGAUACACAAAUGACGAAGAUUCCAUCACAGAGCUCAGUAAGGCUGUAUUCCCGGAUUUAAUGGCAUUCUUCCAUGAUGAUUUUUCAGCCGUGAACCGUGCUAUACUUACAACAAAGAACGAAUUUGUUGAUGACAUCAACCAGAAAAUCAUACAUCAAUUACCUGGACAGGUCCAAGAAUACAUCAGUAGGGACAAAUGCAUUGACGAUUCUGAACAGACAAUCAUGGAGGAUUUCGUGAAUGCCUUAACACCCAAUGGAUUUCCUCCUCACAGGCUGCUCCUCAAACCACAUUGUCCAAUUAUGUUGCUCAGAAACAUUGAUCCCCCCCAAGGAUUGUGCAAUGGAACAAGGCUCAUCUGCAAAUCUUUAAACUCUAACAUUAUACAUGCAGUAAUAAGUUGUGGAGAGUUCACUGGGAAAGAGGUCUUUCUCCAUCGAAUAUGCUUCAGAAUUGAGACCAAUCCAGACUCUCCAGUAUCUUUUGAACGCAUCCAGUUUCCUGUUCGACCCUGUUUCGCAAUGACUAUUAACAAAGCUCAAGGCCAGACGUUGGAUUUUGUGGGAAUAUACUUACGUGAACCAGUUUUCUCACAUGGACAGCUAUAUGUGGCAAUGUCCAGAGCAAAAAAUAAAAACUCAAUUAAAAUGCUCAUCAAACCACCUAUAUUUGAUCCUGAACAAGACUCAAUAACAAAUAAUGUAGUGUAUAAAGAGGUCCUCGAUUUAGCACAUGAAUGAUUUGCUCACUCACACACGUGCCACUCUAUUAUAUUAUCUGUAUUCUGUUUCUAUAUUUUUUUUCACAAAAUCAUCCACCAAUUAUUCUUUCAAGUUACAGGAAGACAGAAAAGUCAUAGCAUUUGCUGAAAUUAUUCCUGGACUUCGAGAUUGGACAACAAUAGUUCAGGUUCUUGACAAACAGAAGCCGCUCCUAUCAAAAGCAGGAAAUCGCUAUCAGAAGCUUACACUCAUUGAUGGGCAGGGCACCACAGUGGAGGCUAUGAUAUACAAAUCAGACAUAGAAUUCUUUCGCAACCACUUUCGCCUGUAUAUGCGUUACAUGCUGUCCAAUGCAAGAGUUGAAUAUACUCCACUGGAAUAUCGUGUACGUGAAAAUCAAUGUACUUGGUAUAUUGACAACUCCACUGUUGUCCAGGCAAUGGAUGAACCAAAUCCCCCAGAAAUUCCUCCUGUUUUCAGAUUCACUCCUUUCAGAAGAUUCUACCAACACAUUGAUGAUACGUCAGACAUAGAUAUACUUGGCAUUAUCGCAGAGGUCCAUCAACGAUUUCACAAAGGCACUACCCCAACUAGAGAGAUUGUAAUCAUAGACAAAAGCUUCAUGCCAGUCAUCCUAACUCUCUGGGGUGAUCACGAGACAGAUGAAGGCCAAGCAAUUGCCAACAUGAUUCAAUCAAUGCCACUCAUUGUUGGCCUUCGACUGAGAGUUUCAUCAUACCACACUCUAAAUCUCUCAACAAAGUUUGGCUCAAGUGUUUUGGUGAACCCCCCAAUACAACAAGGUUCAAUGUUGAGGCAAUGGGCUAUGGAAAACAAAACACAGAUCAAUGACCUCAUAACACAAAGAGCAUACCUAAACCGAACCAGCCUACUACCACAACCUACAGAAGAUGAGCUCUGCACUAUCAAAGAGUUCCUGAAUUUACCAAUGAAAAAAGCUUAUUGGAUUCAAGGAAGCCCACGAUUCCUUGACAAAAGCCAACGGCUAUGGUAUAAUGCAUGCUCAAACUGUCACAAAUCCUUCAGAGCUAAACCUCAAUGGAAGAUUAUUUGCACUUCCUGCAACAAGAAUGUUAACAUUCUUCCAAGGAGUAGGUUAACCAUAGAGCUGGCUGAUUACUCUGGAAACCUCACACUUGAUUUGUAUGACAAUGAUGCACAGCAACUACUGCCCUUCACACUGCCACAGAUUCAAGAACUCGAAGGCAAGCAUCAGCUUGAUUACACAGCUAUUGAACAGGCUAUUGAGAGUAGUAUCCUCACCUGCUUCGUGAAAAAAAUGACUAGAAAUCGUGGACCUGCCGACACAGAAAAAUACGCAGCUAUCAUAGUGCACAAAGCAAAUGCUGCAGAACUAAUAUCAAGCACUUCUAGAAAUUCAGCUUCAACUUCCACUCCUUCUACAAAUCCACUUACAGCUCCAGAAUCAUCGAACUUGACCACCAAUUCAACAAUUCUCAAUGCAACUGCUCAAAGUUACAGGGGAGCAACAAAUUUGGACAGCAAUUUGUUCACAACACUCAAAAUCACAGAAACUCCAACUAAGAAACAACGCACUGACCCGACUGACAUGGAGCUGUAGAUAUAGUAUAUGCAUCUAUGCUUUUGACCAACCUUUUGAACAUCUGAUGAACUGCCAUCUCCAUCAGUGUACAUAGGCUAUCGUUUGUGGGUUGCUAAAAGGUCUACACCAAGGCAUUAGUCUACCCUACUCCAAACUAUCUGCAUCAAAGCUUUUGACCAACCUUUUGAACAUCUGAUGAACUGCCAUCUCCAUCAAUGUACAUAGGCUAUCGUUUGUGCCUUGCUAAAAGGUCUACGCCAGGGAAUUAGUCUACCCUACUCUAAACCACAGCUCCAAUUAUGUUUUUGAACAUUUUGUAUAGCAUCAUCAGAUAUGUAGCUGUGCUUUUGAAGUGCUGAAAAUGAAAUCAGAUGUCUAACUAUGAUUUUGAAAUACCAUGUAAUUGAUGAAUACUAUUUCACGUUACUGUUAAAAAAUGGUCAGCUCAUUUCUCGAAA